GCGGCUACCGGAAGUCGAGGCCAAAAAGUUUUGCAGGUUGUCUGCCAUAGGGCGUGGUGCCGUCAAGUCAUAUGGAGCUGUUGAGUACAUACAGCGUAUAGAGUACUCACUAGAGGGAGUGCAGAUAUAAGAGGCUUCAGAUGUCUGGGGGAAUAUUCCACCCUCCAUCCUCAUCAAAUGCCAUAAAGCAGGACCCUCUGUGCUGCUUGCUAUGUAACGAGCAGUAUGAUCAGCCAUGCUUGUUACAGUGUUACCACUCAUUCUGCUCCAACUGCCUCAGAGGACGAUCACAAGAUGGCCUCAUGCUGUGUCCUAUGUGCGGAGCAGAGACAGUACUACAGGGUGAUGACACAACACUGCCACCUACAGACUCAUUAGUGACAUUUCUCCUAUCUACCACUGCUCAGAAGAAUGCAUCCUGUGCAAAUUGUGAAGAAGAACAUGAAGAUAUGUUCUACUGCAACACAUGUGCCCAACCUCUGUGUGAACAAUGCAGAACUGAGACACAUCGCGCACGUAUGUUUGCACUCCAUGAAGUAGUUCCUCUAGGAAAGAGAACUAAAGAUAUACAGCGACAUUGUGAUCGUCAUGGGCAACCAUUCAUAAUGUUUUCUACGGAGACCAAAGAGAUGUUAUGCAUCAAUUGUUUCAGAGACACUUCAGUGAGCAGCAGAGCCAAUUGCAUAGAUUUGGAGAGUGCCUAUAAUGAAGGUUGUGAGAAAUUGGAUCAUGAGGUGCUUGCAAUGAAGGAGCUCCAGAAUGCAGUCCAAGAUGCCAUUGUGCUGGUCAAAGUUUUGCUAGAUGAAAUUGAGCAGAAUGCCGAUACAGAGAAAUCUGCAAUCAAUGAGCUGUAUGAUAAAAUUCAAGAGAAGGUGGCUGCAACACGGAAGACUUUACUCCAGCAAGUUGAUAAUCAAUAUAAAGAGAAAGACAAGAUUUUCAAGGAGCAGCUGUGCCAGCUAAGUGCCUUACUCCCCACGUUACAUGUACAUCUUGCAAUGGCCUCCUCAUUCUCAAGUUCUGCAAACAAAUUUGAGUUUCUAGAGCUUGGAUAUGUCCUGAUGUCGCGAUUGAGUGCCCUGACACAUGCAGAUAAUCCAAUACAACCUCGCCACACCAGUCUCAUAUCCACUGAUCAUAAACUGGAAUAUUCAAAAUGUUUAGAACUGUUGCUAACCAUCCGUCCAUCUAAUGACUUCCUGUCUUCUCUACAUAACAUGUCCAGUCAUAGGCGAUCUGGGUCUCCAAGACAAGACAAGGGGGGUAUGUCAGGUGCAUCCAAUACCCUACAAGGGGGAGCCACUAGUUCUCUCCAUUACACAAAUGGAAAUGGCAGAAGAAUGAAUAGCAAUGGACACAAGGUCAAGUUCAUAGAAGCAAAUACUUUAUUUGCAGACCAUUGUAAAGAGUUUGAAGCAAAUCAUAGGGAUAUUCUGCAGAAGUUUGAACUACUGAAGGUGCGAGUCCAAGAUGCACAACGGGAUAUGACAUUAAGACGCUGCCUGGCACGUCCUCAACAUCUCAAGGACAUUUCAGAAAAGUGUGACACCAUAGAGGAACAGGCAAAUCAAGAACUUGAACAUCUACAGCAGAAACAUUCAAUCCUAGAAAAGCACUGGGAUGAAAGUUGUACAAGGAUUGCUAUAGAGCAAGAGAUCUACCAGGCCCAGGUAAAUGACUUGGUCAGGGUGAAAAAGGAGAAUGAGAAGGUGGCCACCAUUGUCCGCCAACUUCAGCCAUUUAUAAGCUCCAUAGGAACUGUUACUGAGAGAAUCUCCCCAAAACUCGGUGAGACAAACCGUUCUUUGAAACAUGACAACGAAAUCCAAUCCUUGUUUGAACAAAUCAACACAAUGAGCCCAGAUUCGCAACAAAGGAUUGAAGCAAUAGCAUCUGUGCAGGAAGAGAGGCAGACUCAAAUUGCUAACAAAACCAACCCACUGGAUGAUGCUCUCAUCAAGACUAAGGGCAUGCUUAAGUCUCCAUCCAUAAGAGACACAGGCCCAAGAAAGGACCGUGACUCCAUUAGUAGUGAUAAAGCAAAGGACAUAGAAGCAAUCAUCGAAGAUCCCACCAACAGUGAAGAACUGAACCAGGUAGAUGCAUUAUUGAAAGAUAUCAGAGACAGUGUGUCUAGAAAGGACAGAGAUUUAAUUAAUAGUGAUAACCAACCAAAGAAUACAGGAACACUCACCAAAGAACAUAUACCAAGUGAAGAAAGCAUUAACACAGUGGACACCCAAGUUGGGAAAGAUUCAGGUGUAAGCGAGAAAUCAAAAGUCAUUGAUAGCCUUGCUGAAGAAGGUGCCAAACUUAGUGAAGAGCAUGUUAAUAGUAGCAUAGCAUGUUUACAAAUUGCAGUAAACCAUGAGAUUACAACUAGAUCUGGUGAUCAUUUACAAGGCGGUUUAUUAGAGCCCAUCGAUCAUAAGAGUAUUCAAAAUCAAAAUGUAUGUAGAGAUGAUCAGAAACAUGAAAAAUAGAAGCUCAAAAUUUCAAACCAGACUAUCAUUUGUCUCCAUUUCUAUUUUACUCCACUUCACUUACAGAACCUAAGAAAAAGCAAAUGUGAAAAAUGAAUGUUGAAGUCAGUGUUGAUUUUGCAACAAU